AUGAAUAACGAGCAAUUUUGGCGGUUGCUGGCUGACCAGGGGUCCUCAAAAGCCAAGGACUCCAACGCAACGCCGGGCCGUGAUGCGUCGCGCGGCGGCGCAACCCCCGGCGGGCUAUUGGGAUCGCGAAUGCGAUCCAGUAUUCCCAUGACCCCACGAUCUGUGACGGGGGUCGAUUUCGGCCGCCAACUCGCUGAACAACGCCAAGGCGAUCGUCCCUCGAAGCGGUUCAAGUCUUCCGCUGCACCAAAGGGUACCGCGCUUCCAACCGGGUAUCAGGACCGCGCGCAAUUGCGCAAUUCCAAAGAAGGGGAUGAUGAACGUGGGGAGGAUCUCGAGACACGGAUCAAGGCACUAGAAGAUAUGGUCAAGCUAGGACAGAUCGAUCAAGCAACAUUCGACAAGCUUCGCAAAGACCUUGGAGUUGGAGGUGACCUUGGAAGCACGCAUAUGAUCAAGGGUCUGGAUAUGGACCUGCUUAGGAGGGUUAAAGCUGGCGAGGAUGUCUCACAAGCGGCUGAGAAGCCAGCACCAACGAUUGAAGAGCCAAAAGAGGAUGCGGAUGAGGAGUUUGAGCGCCUCAUGGAAGAGAAGGGACUAGAAGAAGUUGCAGCCGCCCCGAAGGAACAGAAAGAAAAGAAAAAGGGCAACAUGGCUCCACCGCCUGCCAAGCCGAAGACUCGCGAUGAGAUCUUACGCGAAUUGAAAGCCAAGCGGGCUGCUGCUUCUGCCCCUGUUCCACCUCCAGAAUCAACUUUGGGAUCGAAGUUCAAGAAGCUCAGCGACGGAAAGCCCGAGAAGAAGCGGUUUGUCGAGCGUGACGAGACCGGUCGACGCCGAGAGGUGCUUCUUAUCACGGACGCUCAAGGAAAUACCAAACGGAAGACUCGAUGGCUUGACAAGCCGAUUGACAUCGCUGCGGGAGAUCUUCCCAUGCCUGAUAAGGCUGCGAAACCCCUUGGUAUGGAGAUCCCGGCUGAGAUCGCUGCCCGCUCAGCUCCGCCUGAAGAUGAAGACGAAGAUAUCUUCGUUGGUGUGGGUGAUGACUAUAACCCACUCGCUGGCCUCGAAGGUGACGACGAUUCUUCUUCUGACGAGGAGGGUGAAACAGGCGAGUCAGCGCCGAGGAAACCGACCAAGGAUACUGUCAGCGAAACAGACAAUAAGACCAUGACUGAAACAGCACCUGCCAAACCAAGAAACUACUUUGGAGAAUCAACAACACAAGAACAGUCCGAUGACCGUUCCAAUCCUCUGACGAAGGAUCCUACGAUUCUGGCGGCGCUGAAGCGAGCCGCAGCCAUUCGUCAGACCUCUCCUUCCGAGGGCGAAGAAGGCGAGUCCUCUGAAGCAGCUCUUCGACACAAGCGGUUCCUUGAAGAGGCACGCCGUAGAGACGCCAUGGAUGCUGCAGAUAUGGACAUGGGAUUCGGAGAGAGCCGCAACGAGGAUGGCGAGGAUGAUGACCAGGUUUUGUUCGACUUUGACGAUGACAACCGAGGCGACAAGAAGAGGAAGCGUGGACCCAAGAAGAGGAAGGGUGACAAGGACAGCGCUGCUGAUGUUAUGCGUGUCGUUGAAGGCCGGAAAACGGACGCUUCUUGA